GAACCGCCCCCACGUAACACGACUGACUGACUUAACUGAUUUUCGAAAGUCCUGUCCAAGUGUCCAUCUCCUUCUCUUCCCUCUCUAGAUUGCCCCGGAAUCCGCGAAAUUACACAGCGAGUCAUUGUACCGAGCCGCCAAUCAUUUGACAUUUCGGGACCGAUUCGGAGAGCUCGGAAAGGGAAAGGGAGAGGAGAGGAGAGAAAUUCACGCCCUUGCUAGAAGUCGGGACGCCUCGGAGUCAAGUCCUCGGACGUGCCCUUUACGUGAACGGGGCCCUUUUAACGGCGUCCCCGCCCCACCACCACCACCAUCAUCAUCAUCAUUCGACUGCAGCGCAAUCUCGCCAGUCGCUCUAGGGACAGAACUGUUCGUCUUCCCCGGAGAAGCGACCCCCCUCGAGGUACCCUUCUGGGGAGUAGUCCCGCCUGCGCCUGGUGGGUCAUCAUGGAGGGAGAAGCGGGAGAGAGCUCCUCCGUUUCUAGCUCGCCCUGCUCGUCGUGCGGCGGCGCGGACGGUAAUGCAGGCGGUGGCGUUGUUGAGUACUUGAUCGGAGUGAUCGAGAAGGCUGGGUCCUACGGCGGCUACAGGAAGACGCAGAGGAAGGAGUGUCUGAAUCUGGCGAGGAGGUUGAAGCUGCUGGUCCCGCUUUUGGAAGAGAUCGGAGAGGCCCGCCGCGCCGGAGAUUCCCCCGCCGGUGAUGGUUUGGACGCUACCCUGGUUCGCCUGAGGCAAGCGGUGGUUGCGGCUAACAAGCUGUUGAAGCAAUGUCACUGCGGGAGCAAGAUUUAUCUGGUGUUGGAGAGCGAGGCGGUCAUGAGUAGAUUCCAUGCUGUUUACGAUAAGCUAAACGAGGCCUUGGAUGAUAUGCCUUACGAUGAGCUCGGGGUCUCGGUUGAAGUCCAGGAACAAGUCGAGCUAAUGCGGAUGCAACUCAAGAGGGCUCAAAAGAGGAGAGACACGCAGGACAUUGAGUUGGCGAUGGAUCUGAUGGUGGUACUAUCCGAGAAGGAUGACCGGAAUGUGGACAAUGCCAUCCUACAGCGCCUUGCGAACAGAUUGGAACUACGGACCUUCUGCGAUCUGAAAGCAGAAACAGUCGCCAUCAGUAAACUCGUGAAGCAGUUCGGAAAAGAUGCGCAGAACAUCCGGCAAAUAAUGGGCUUAUUUGGUAAGUUCAAACGGAUCAUCGGGUUCGAGGAGCCAAGCGCGCAGGAUUGUUCUGUUUCCUCGAGGACUCUGGAAAAGUUGCCGUCUUUCUCCAUUCCUCAUGAAUACUUAUGCCCGAUCACGCUCGAGAUAAUGACGGAUCCUGUUAUUGUCGCCACCGGACAGACCUACGAAAGAGAGAGCAUACAGAAGUGGCUGGAUUCGAAUCAUCGGACGUGCCCGAAGACCGGACAAAUCUUGCAUCACUUGUUGGUGGUGCCCAAUUAUGCCCUCCGCAACCUUAUUUUGCAAUGGUGCGAGAAGAAUGACUUUGAGCUUCCAAGAAAGGCCAUUUCCGUUGGUUCCGAUGGCUCUUCGAGCGAACUCGUGAAGCAGAUAUCUUGCCUUGUACAAGAUCUGUCCUCUCCUCAGCUGAAUGCGCGAAGGCACGCAAUUCUGGAGCUCCGGACUCUCUCCAAGGAUAACCCUGAUAACAGAAUCCUGAUAGCCAGCAUGGGAGGAGUCACGCCUCUAGUUCAGCUCUUGUCGUUUCCAGACUCUAAAAUCCAAGAACACGCCGUGACUGCACUCCUAAACUUGUCCCUCAACGAGGCGAACAAGAGAGUAAUUGCCCAGGAAGGCGCGAUUCCAGCUAUAAUUGAUAUACUGCAGAACGGAACGGAUGAGGCGCGGGAGAACUCUGCAGCAGCCUUGUUUAGCAUAUCGAUGCUCGACGAGAACAAGGUGCUUGUGGGCUCCACGAAUGGGAUUCCUCCCUUAGUGGAUCUUCUGAAAAACGGAACAGUUCGAGGUAAGAAGGACGCGGCUACCGCGCUUUUCAACUUGUCCUUGCACCAAGCGAACAAGUCCAGGGCCAUCAAGGCGGGCUCCAUACCGCCGUUGCUCAAUUUGCUCGAGGACAAGAAUUUGGGAAUGAUCGAUGAGGCGCUCUCGAUCUUGUUGCUUCUCGCCUCGCACCCCGAGGGGCGAGGCCAGUUGGGGCGGCUAUCUUUCAUCAAGACACUGGUGGAGAUCAUCAAGAACGGGACACCCAAGAACAAGGAGUGCGCGACAUCGGUGCUGCUGGAGCUGGGGCUGCACAACUCGUCCUUCGUGCUGGCCUCGCUUCAGUAUGGAGUAUACGAACAUCUGGUGGAGAUGGCCCGAAACGGGACUAACAGAGGCCAGAGGAAAGCCAAUUCUCUGCUGCAGCACAUGAGUAAGUGCGAGCACAUUGCCUGAGACGUCACGAAAUGGGCGACUUUCUUUCGACUUCCGGCCACAUUUUUGAGCUUUCGUCGGCGACUCGAUGUCUGUGUGGUCCUAUGGACUAGAGGUGAGUACCCAAAUGGUGAAUCCUCUGUUCUUGCUCUUGUAAAAACAUGACGGCAUGAGGUUUCAGCUCGAGUUGAAUGCGCAGCGAGAGAGCUCUUUCUGUCAGCAGAGACUGCGAGCUUGAUGCAUCUAAAGAUGCGCCAUCUUCAUAUGUCUCUCGAGCAGAUGAAGACGAGGCAUGCGAGAUUUCUAGUCAGCCUCCCGCAAAAGUUGCAUGUGGAGUUGCUCAGAGAGGGAGCAACAAGAUGCACUCUUACAAAGAUAAUCGAACUAGACACUUUUGUUGCUUCAGCCGAAUUGAUUUCAUUACGCUUAUAUGAGUCAUGCUGUAGUUUGCAUAGCCAAAUUAAUCUUAUUGGGCAUAUAUGAAUUAUGGCAUAA